GGCUGCAAAAUGUUACCAUCAACAAGAUCCCGAAAACUGAUCGUGUGCCUAAAAGAAUGUGUGAAAAGUACCAAAAAAAUUGCACCGUACAGCACUGCGGCAACAAGUAAAGCUAUUAUUGAACAAGAAAGCAAAUAUGCCGCACAUAACUAUCAUCCAUUACCAGUAGUGUUAUCUAAAGGAGAAGGUGUUUUUGUGUGGGACGUAGAAGGAAAAAGAUAUUUCGACUAUCUCAGUGGAUAUUCGGCGAACAAUUUCGGUCACUGUCACCCGAAAAUAGUGAAGACUCUACAAGAUCAGGCAGGUGUUUUACACCACACAUCUAGAGCAUUUCAUUCGAACGUUCUAGGUGAAUUUUCAGAAAUGAUCACCAAACUAUUCGGAUAUGACAAACUUCUACCUAUGAACACCGGAGUUGAGGCAGAUGACAGCGCAUGCAAGCUGGCAAGAAAAUGGGGAUACAGAAAGAAAAACAUCCCCAAGGACGAGGCAAAGACCAUCUUUGCUAUCGACAAUUUUUGGGGUCGUUCGUUGGCCGCCAUUUCAGCUUCAACUGACCCUUCAAGCUACGAAGGAUACGGCCCUUACAUGCCAGGUUUCAUCUGCAUUCCUUACGAUGAUUUAGUAGCUCUAGAAGAAGCUCUCAAAGACCCGACAGUGUGCGCUUUCAUGGUGGAACCGAUCCAAGGCGAGGCGGGCAUCAGAGUGCCUUCCGAAGGCUACUUGACAGGCGUCAGAAAACUCUGCACCAAGUACAACGUGCUGUGGAUAGCCGACGAGAUCCAGACGGGCCUCGGGCGGACCGGCAAACGGCUAGCCGUCGACUACGAGAACGUCCGACCGGACAUCCUGGUGCUGGGGAAAGCGCUGGGCGGAGGGGUUUAUCCGGUGUCGGCGUGUCUGGCCGAUGACAGGGUCAUGUUGGUGAUGGAACCGGGUACCCAUGGUUCGACUUUCGGGGGCAACCCUUUGGGUUCGAAGGUGGCUAUGGCAGCACUGGAGGUUCUUGAGGAAGAAAAACUAGCAGAAAAUGCUUUCCAAAUGGGUGAAAUAUUCAGGAAUACUUUGAGGGAACGACUGAAUAAAGAAGUUGUGCGAGAAGUAAGAGGAAAAGGACUGUUAAACGCCAUAGUUAUCGACGGAAAAAUGGCUGACGCUUGGAACUUAUGCUUACAAAUGAAGGAAAAUGGUCUAAUAGCAAAACAUACCCAUGACGACAUUAUCAGACUAGCACCACCACUCGUUAUCAACAGCGAACAGCUAGAAGAAUCAAUGGAUAUAAUUGUAAAAACGUUCAAUAAUGCAGCUAAGUGAACAUUUCCUGACUGCUACGAAUUGUAUGACUUAUGAGAAGGUCAAAACAUGUCGAAAGAACAGCUCUACACCACUGACAUAUAUUACUAACUAGACCACUAAUGCCAUAAGAUCAAAUUUCAUUCAUUUACGAGAUCGAACUUAGUUCUAUGUAGCGUACGCAUUCGGGACCUGUCAUAUAUCUUACAUGACCCGAUGUCCUCAACGACAGUAUGGGAGUUCCUACGCAUUGAGCAGAAGCGUUUUCAGGCGAGCAAUUUCCAUGAAAUUUUCGGGUUACUGGGAUAUAACAUAUAGCGGUCUAGACAGUAGUUCAGUAGUCAGUGCUCUACACUAAAGUUCUAUCAGCAUUCUCUUUCUGGAGAAACUUGUUUGUACUUUUAUAUGCUUGAACAAAUAAAGGUAACC